AUGCUAAAAAGCAUGGAGGCGAGUCGGCUGUCGAAGGGGUUGAAAAUGAUGCUGCAUUUUGUACAGCCAUCAAAGCUGAAAACUAAGAAGAUUGUGUUUGAGGAUGCAUAUGCUGCCUGUGAUUCUCUAACACUUGAACAUCUUAAGGAAUUAAGCUCAAAGCGUAAAGCGAUUGAAGACUCCAUUAAUGAGAGCAGCUUCAUCACAGAAGCUAUUGCAAAAGAAAUGUCUGGAGGGUUGGAAUCUCGCUUCGAACAGGAUAUUCACAAAAUAGAGCAGUAUCUGCCAUUACUGGAGAAUUUGUUUUCUUAUGCUGAUUUAACAAGAACCAAUAACCGAACCCAAAUGGCUCAAUGGACGGUGGCUCUUAAGAUACGCUGGAGUAGUGCCCUGAGCACAUCUUCAUUCUUCAAUUUCAAGGGCCCUAAAUUUUUCCAAAUCGACAAUUUGCGAUUUGAGCUUGGUAUGACCCUUUUUCUUUGUGGUGGAAUCAUGCGAGAAAGGGCUUUAGAAGUUCUACCAGCUGAUUUGGUUCGGUCCGCCACCAUUUUCAGACAAGCUGCUGGCAUUUAUCAUCACCUGGCGCAAGAGGUUCUUCCCCCCUUACAGCCUGAAUUGCCACCAGCAAAGCCCCCUGAAGUUCUUGCUGCAGUAUCCACUAUUAUGAGUCUCAUUUGCUUAGCUGAGGCCCAGGCAGUAACUACAAGGAAAGCUGAAGAGAAAGGUACUUCUCCGAGUCUCCUAGCAAAGUUGCAUCAUGGUGUUAGACUUUUUCUUGAAGAAGCUAUUGGAAUCUUUCAUACCGUUUUCACACAGUGCAAAGACAUUUCACCACGCUUAUUGGAAUUUAUGUAUUUCUGCAAGUAUUUACAUCAGUUGAAAGGUCAGCAAUAUUUUGCAGAAAGCCUAAAGGCUUGUGGUCAAAUAGGAGUUGCCAUUGGUGUUCUUUGUUCUGUGUUGACUAAUGUUAAAAGGAAGAUACCAGGAGAAGAGCCCUGGAAAUCUCUUUACCAGAAGCAAAUUCAAGAUGCUUCUGAAGUGCUCAGAAAGUUUGUACAUGAGAAUGAUUUUAUUUGGCAUGAGAAGAUCCCUUCAGGAAAUCAGUUACCCUUGCUUGAGGGUAAUAAAAUAGUCAAUUUUAUACCAUAUAGUCCCAAAAAAUGGGAAAAACAACUUUCUUUCAAUAUAUUAGUGUAG